CGUUCCAUUCCGGACGAACAGCAGGAUAGGGCGCAUGCGUGCUCUGGCCGCAUCCGUAGACGAGCGUGUGACAGAGUGCGCGAAUGAGACGGGCAACGCAUCCCUUGCCAAGGGACCACGGGCGUACGGCCGAGAACCUGUUUUUCUUAGCAUCAGUUUCGUUCGAAGAUCCGUUGAGAGCUGACCGGAAAGCAGCAGCAGCAGCAGCUGCAUCAUCAUCGUCAUCAUCGCCGUUCGUCAUCAUCAGCCGUCGGGGCUCUGAUUUCUGGGGUCCAGUCAGUCGGUUGCUGGACACGGCAGUGGAUUGUUAUCGUGCCGUUCGGAAUUUGGAAAGAAAAAUAAAGCAAGUGCUGGCCGUGUGCGUGUGGUAAACAACGGGCAGGUGUUUACUGUCGAUCGCUCCGAUCGUGAGCAAGUGCGUGUGUGACGGGCCGGGAACGCAAUCGAAGGAUACGAAUAUCGGAUACAAUACCUGCCGCUUUGUGUACGUGUGUGGACAUUAGGAAGUUUUGAGUGAUGAUUAUUCGACGGAUUUAAAGAAUUUUGCACUGUUUUUGUGUGUGUUUGUGUUUAAUUGUGAGCAUUGUGAACCGAUUCUGUGAAGUGAUCCGUCGACGGCUCGGUAGAAGUAGCUGAUUUUUGUGCACCACGCAAGUCUAUCACCAAAGGCAUCACCAUUUUGGACGAAAUGCACACCCUGUUUACGACGGACCAGCGCCAUUAUGGGCACGCGCAACCGGGCUAUCCGACGAACGCGCCCACGAUGGCAUCGGCUCACCACUACACGUACGAUCAGUACUCGCGGUACGCGUACGCCGGAUCGGCUUAUGCGCUGGCCGCACCGCACCAGAACAAGGAGAUGGUAAAGCCACCGUACUCGUACAUCGCCCUGAUCGCCAUGGCGAUCCAGAACUCGGCCGACAAGAAGAUCACGCUGAACGGCAUCUACCAGUACAUCAUGGACCGGUUCCCGUACUAUCGGGACAACAAGCAGGGCUGGCAGAACUCGAUCCGGCACAACCUGAGCCUGAACGAGUGCUUCGUGAAGGUGGCGCGGGACGAUAAGAAGCCGGGCAAGGGCAGCUACUGGACGCUCGAUCCGGACUCGUACAACAUGUUCGACAAUGGCUCGUUCCUGCGGCGGCGCCGUCGGUUCAAGAAGAAGGAUGCGCUCAAGGAGAAGGAAGAGCUGAUGAAGCGCCAGAGCCUGCUGCUGGACGACAAGAUGGGGGACAUUAAACCGAUCAAGAUCAUGUCCGGUGGGCAUCAUCACCAUCACCACCACCAUCACCACACGCUCGAGGGUAAACAUCACCAGACGGCGCUCGGCCAUCAUCAGACGUUCAAGCGCGAGCCGGGCCUGGAACUGGCGGCCCAGUGCAUGGUGAAGGACGGGCUAACGUCCUCGCUGCUCAACACCUGCCACGAUACGUUCGCGACCCAGAUGAAUCACCUGUCGGCCGCCGGGGACCAUGGCUUCACGGUGGACUCGCUGAUGAACGUGUACAAUCCGCGGCUGCAUCACACCUCCUAUCCGUACCACUUCAACGACGAUAAUCUGAUGGCGGCGUCCGGCGGUCAGCUGAGGCAUCAUCACAGUUCUGCCCAUCAUCCACCGCCGCACGGUGGCUGGUACACGCCGGAGACGCCGCCCGAAUCGAUCGGCAACACCUCCGGAAGUUCGACCACCACUCCAACAACCCUGCCCUCGGUCACCGUCACUCCAACGUCCGGCAUCGGUCUCAAUGGUGGUGGUGGUGGUGGCGGCGGUGGAUCCAUCGGGAAUGGAGUUGGUCUCGGAGGUGGAGGCAUUGGAACGCACAACGGAGGCUCGAUGGGACCGGUAGGAUCCGGUGGCUUCCGGGACAUGGUGUUCGAUCACAACCAGGCGUCGGCUGCUGCUGCUGCGGCGGCUGCCGCUGCCGUUGCCGUUAACUGUCAGAUGGAACCGGCCGGUAGUCCCGGAAGCAACAGCCUUACGUCCGCCAGUCCACCGGUCAAUUCGGCAGCCGCCGCAGCCGCUGCCGCUGCUGGACAUCUCGGCGGAAACCUUGGCCACCUGGGUCACUACCGGUCGCACGUCGGAUACUACCAGGACUGUGGGUUGAAGUACGGCGUGUAAGACCGCACGCUUCAAGGUCGACGAGCGUCUGCUGUAAAUAGAGGACACCGGUUCAAGCAUGUUCGUGGCCAGCUUCCGGAUGAUGAUCUGCGGUGGAAAAGGCGUUAAUUAAGAGUCCCGCGUGGUUCGCGUACGGAAGCGACAAGUGAUCGUGAGCUUAAAGUGAGAUCUCAGAAGAGCCUCAACAAUGCGCGCAGCCGUCGGCCACCACGGCUUUCGACCUUGACGCGUCCGCGUGUUGAACAGUACCCAUGGCUGCAACUUCGACUGCCACGAUAAGAGGUUUUCGCGCAAUGAUCACUUCGCGUUGGGUGCUUUUACGUCACGUCUCUUCGUUUGCAUUGUUGCCGAAAAUGUAUAGAAGGAGAAG